GCUAGCUCCUUGGUUACCUGGCCAGCUGAGUGUUCCAGCAAUCAAUGGUGGAAUCGAUGUUCUGUCGAUGACAUUGUCUAGCUAAAAGGACCUGCUAAAGUUGACAUUUAGCAAAAAAAAAAUUGUCAUUUAGCGGACUUACUUACAGUUAUUGCAUUCAUCUUAAGAUACUUAGCUACUGGUAGGUGGGACAAUCACAGGCAUAGAAAGUACAGAGCAAGAAGGGAGAGGAAGUUAAGUGCAAGUGUUGGUUCAGGAAAUGUUUUUUUGGACGGGAGGUUUGACGUGAGGAGGUGGAUUAUUUAAGAUGCUAUUUGAAGAGGUUUUCUGGUGCUUUCGGGAGAUGGGCAGGACACUGCUGUCCUAGUUUCAGGGUAGGGCUGGGCGAUAUGGCCUAAAAAUCAUAUCGAUUUUUAAAAAACUUAACGAUGUAUCUAGAUUUUCAGUUUUUGACUUCUCAAAAUAAGUAUUGUACAAUUAAAGGUCACAUAUACUGCAUUUCAAACAGUCAGCAAUAAUCUAAUGAAUUCAGGACUUGUGAAGUUAUACCCAGGCCAAAUAUAAUCCAUAACCAUUAAUAAUUUUAUUAUUUUAUCAAAAUAGUUUAACCGCUAUUUUUGUUAUUGUUGCAAUAAUCACUGAUCUGGCAUUGAAGUCUGUCUAUGAAAAUGACAUUUUUUAUUACAAAUUCAACUAUAACCAUGCAUAAUGCACAUUCAACUUCUUGUACCUGGUUAAAUAAAGGUGAAAUAAAAUAAAAAAAAACAGGCAUUAGGGACUGCAGUGGUGAGAGCAAAUCACAUGUUAUUUGUCACAUGCACCGAAUACAACAGAUGUAGACAUUACAGUGAAAUGCUUACUUACAAGCCCUUAACCAUGCUUUAAGAAAAAAAAAGUGUUAAAUAAGAGAUCAGUAGAAAAUAUAAAAGUAACAAAUAAUUAAACAGCAACAGUAAAAUAACAAGCAAGGCUAUAUACAAGGUGUACCGGUUCUGAGUCAAUGUGCGGGGGCACAGGUUAGUUGAGGUAAUAUGUACAGUCAUGGCCAAAAGUUUUGAGAAUGACACACAUUAAUUUCCACAAAGUUUGCUACUUCAGUGUCUUUAGAUAUUUUUUGUCAGAUGUUACUAUGGAUUACUGAAGUAUAAUUACAAGCAUUUCAUAAGUGUCAAAGGCUUUUAUUGACAAUUACAUGAAGUCGAUGCAAAUAGUCAAUAUUUGCAGUGUUGACCCUUCUUUUUCAAGACCUCUGCAAUCCCCCCUGCGUGCUGUCAAUUAGCUUCUGGGUCACAUCCUGACUGAUGGCAGCCCAUUAUUGCAUAAUCAAUGCUUGGAAUUUGUCAGAAUUUGUUUUUGUAUGUCCACCCGCCUCUUGAGGAUUGACCACAAGUUCUCAAUGGGAUUAAAAUCUGGGGAGUUUCCUGGCCAUGGACCCAAAAUAUCUAUGUUUUGUUCCUCGAGCCACUUAGUUAUCACUUUCGUCUUAUGGCAAGGUGCUCCAUCAUGCUGGAAAAGGCAUUGUUCAUCACCAAACUGUUCCUGGAUGGUUGGGAGAAGUUGCUCUCGGAGGAUGUAAUGGUACCAUUCUUUAUUCAUGUCUGUGUUCGUAGGCAAAAUUGUGAGUGAGCCACUCCCUUGGCUGAGAAGCAACCCCACACAUGAAUGGUCUCCGGAUGCUUUACUGUUGGCAUGACACAGGACUGAUGGUAGUGCUCACCUUGUCUUCUCCGGGCAAGCUUUUUUCCGGAUGCCCCAAACAAUUGGAAAGGGGAUUCAGAGAAAAUGACUUUACCCCAGUCCUCAGCAGUCCAAUCCCUGUACCUUUUGCAGAAUAUCAGUCUGUCCCUAAUGUUUUUCCUGGAGAGAAGUGGCUUCUUUGCUGCCCUUCUUUACACUAGGCCAUCCUCCUAAAGUCUUCGCCUCACUGUGCGUGCAGAUGCACUCACACCUGCCUGCUGCCAUUCCUGAGCAAGCUCUGUACUGUUGGUGCCCCAAUCCCACAGCUAAAUCAACUUUAGAUGUUCCUGGCGCUUGCUGGACUUUUUUGGGCACCCUGAAGCCUUCCUCACAAUAAUUGAACUGCUCUCCUUGAAGUUCUUGAUGAUCUGAUAAAUGGUUGAUUUAGGUGCAAUCUUACUGGCAGCAAUAUCCUUGCCUGUGAAGCCCUUUUUGUGCAAAGCAAUGAUGACGGCAAGUGUUUCCUUGCAGGUAACCAUGAUUGACAGAGGAAGAACAAUGAUUCCAAGCAUCACCCUCCUUUUGAAGCUUCCAGUCUGUUAUUCGAACUCAAUCAGCAUGACAGAGUGAUCUCCAUCCUUGUCCUCGUCAACACUCACACCUGUGUUAACGAGAGAAUCACUGACAUGUUGUCAGCUGGUCCUUUUGUGACAGGGCUGAAAUGCAUUGGAAAUGUUUUUUUGGGGAUUCAGUUCACUUUGCAAUUAAUUGCAAUUCAUCUGAUCACUCUUUAUAACAUUCUGGAGUAUAUGAAAAAUUGCCAUCAUACAAACUUUCACUUUGUGAAAAUUAAUAUUUGUCAUUCUCAACUUUUGGCCACGACUGUACGUAGAGUAGGUAGAGUAUGUAGGUAGAGUUAAGAGGCAGGGGAGGGCUUGGUGUAAACCAUAGAGAAAGAGGUGAAGCAAGAGGUUUCACUCUUGCUAAAAUCUUUUUGCAAACAACUGCCGUUUUGACUACUACCCCAAAACGUUAGAGCGUACGGAGUCUUCAUCUACUUCUCUACUAUUCAUAUCUGUUUGCGGAACCAAAAUAUUCACUACGGAUCUUACUGUACAGCUGCAUUACCAUUUUCUUCCAACUUCCCCUACUUCUCUGUUUGUCAAAUCCGAAAACGGAUUAGGAAUAGCAUCUACCAAUCUGUAGAUAGAGCUGUUUUAGUAACCCAUCAACUGCACUCUUUAUAGCUGCGGUAAAUCAUGUCAGAAGCUAGCAGAUUAAUUAUUUACCAACAAGAGCUGCAAAUUCCAAUAAAACUACAUGUUUUAAAGUUCACUUUCUUUGCUUUGUCUAAUAACACUAUCAAGAAUCUAGCAAAGCCAUUUUGUGGGCCAGAGUGCAGUAUUUAGUUAAUAUUAAAGCACAAACUUACUGUGCGUUAGCAUGUUUCUCACACUUUCUUUAGCCAAAAGGCAGCAGUGUUGCCAUGCAAUGUUAGUUUUCCUGUCUCUUAAAAUAAGGUUGGGCUGUACCCCUCUGAUUGGAAAGAGCAGAUUUGGAAUAGUUUCUACCAAUAGAAAGUUACCGCUGUUUGCCAGAGUUUUUAGAGUGACAAAAAGUGGCAUGCUGACGUCAUACAGCAGUUGUGUGGUUGUGGUCAGGAGUUGUGUAGUUGUGAUCAAACGGUGUUUGGGUCUUUUGAGUGUCAAAAAAGAUACACAUCAAAUAACACUAUUUGACAUGUUUUAAUAGGCUUGUUGACCAAUCAGGACCUGAAUAUGACUGCACGUCACAAUAAUUCAAUGCAUUGAUACAUUUUUUAUGUAGUUAUUACACAUUGAUUACACUAUCACUCGUAUUUCAUGUCACAACUAUCCUAUGAUGCUGGUAAAGUUGUCUUGUGCACCUACAGUGCUGGUCAUAAAAAAAAAAGCUAGCUAGCUCAUGGAUGCAAAUAGCGUUCUUCCCUAAAAACAUAGCAAAACAACAUCUGUUCUGACCACAACCACACAACUUCUGACCACAACCACACAACUCUGACCACAUGUAGUGAACACAACCACACAACCUUUUACCGCAACCACACUACUGCUGACGACAUCUAGUAAUCACAGCCACACAACUUCUGACCACUCAUCUAGUGACCACAACCACACAACUACUGACAUCAACCACACAACUUCUGAGCAUAACCACACAACUGCUGACCUCCCAUCUACUGACCACAACCACACAACUGCUGACCACAACCACACAACUGCUGACCACAACCACACAACUGCUGACCACAACCACACAAUGGCUUACCACAUUUAUUGACCACAACCACAUAACCACUUACCGCAUCUAUUGACCACAACCACACAACUUCUGACAGCAACCAUACAACUGCUGACCACAUCUAAUGGUCACAAAACACAACUUCUGACCACAACCGCACAACUUUUUACCGCAACCACACUACUGCUGACGACAUCUAGUGACCACAGCCACACAACUUCUGUCCACAACCACACAACUACUGACCACUCAUCUAGUGACCACAACUUACCGCAACCACACAACUGCUGACCACAUCUAGUGACCACAACCACACAACUACUGAUCAAUCAACUGCUGACCACAACCACACAACUACUGACCACAUCUUCUGACCACAGCCACACAUCUUCUGACCACAGCCACACAUCUUCUGACCAUUCAUCUAGUGACCACAACUUACCACAACCACACAACUGCUGACCACAUCUAGUGACCACAACCAGACAUCUAGUUACUACAACCACACAGCUUCUGACCUCAUCUACUGACCACAACCACACAACCUCUGACUACAACUACUGACACACAGAACCACACAACUUCUGACCACAUCUAGUGAUCACAACUUCUGACCACAAUCACAAAGCUGCUUACCACAACUACUGACAGAAACCACACAACAACUGAACACAACCACACAACUCCUGACCACACAACUCCUGAUCACAACCACACAACUCCUGAUCACAACCACACAACUCCUGAUCACAACCACACAACUCCUAAUCACAACUACACAACUCCUGACCACAACUCAUCUAUUGACCUUUAACCACACAACUGCUGACCACAUCUAGUGACCACAACCACACAACUACUGAUCACUCAACUGCUGACCACCACACAACUGCUGACCACAACUGCUGACCACAACCACACAACUGCUGACCACAACUGCUGACCACAACCACACAACUGCUGACCACAACCACACAACUGCUGACCUCAUCUACUGACUACAACCACACAACUUCUGACCACAUCUUGUGACCACAACCACGCAACUUCUGACCACAAUCACAAAGCUGCUUACCACAUCUAGUGACCACAACCACACAACUUCUGACCACAAUCACAAAGCUGCUUACCACAACUACUGACAACAACAGACCACGGCCACACAACUUCUGACCACAUAUAGUGAACACAACCACAUAACUAUGGACGACAACCACACAACUCCUGACCACAACUACUGACCACUCAUCUAGUGACCACAACCACACAACUUCUGACCACAUCUAGUGACCACAACCACACAAAUACUGAUCACUCAACUGCUGACCACAACCACACAACUACUGACAACAACCACACAACUUCUGACCACAAUCACAAAGCUGCUUACCACAGCUACUGACAGCAACUACUGACCACAACCACACAACUUCUGACCACAUCUAGUGAACACAACCACACAUCUACAGACCACAACCACACAUCUACAGACCACAACCACACAACUACCAUGUUGUCUCACCAACUUUUGACCACAACUACUGACCGCUACUACCGACUAUCGAUGGGAAUUUAAAAGGAUUUCACUAUUAAAAUAAUAUAAUUGAAAUUCAACUUUUUAAACUUAUUUCACUACCACAAAAAUACGAAAGAGCUUUAGCAAGCCCCACAACUUUUAAAGUUACAAUCUCGUUGUAUACAGGUUCACACAGCAUAGAAGAGCAAAGGAGAUGAGACCGAUUUACAGGCAUUUAGAAUAUUGCGCAAAAACAUACAUUCUAAUUCAUUAUAUAUCGCCCAACCAUACUUGAGGGGGAAGCUGGUUCCACCAUUGGGGAGCCAGGACAGAGAAGAGCUUGAACUGGGAUGAGCGGGAGCUGCCCUCCAGGGAGAGCCAAGAGACUAGAAGUGGUAGAACGGAGUGCUCGGGUUGGGGUGUAGGGUUUGAGCAUAGCCUGAAGGUAGGGAGGGGCAGUUCCUCUUGCUGCUCCUUAGGCAACCACCAUGGCCUUGUAGUGGAUGCGAGCUUCGACUGGAAGCCAGUGGAGUGUGCGGAGGAGUGGGGUGACGAGAGAACAUGAGAAGCUUGAAAAACAGGCAAGCUGCAACAUUCUGGAAAAGUUGUAGGGGUUUGAUGGCACAAGCGGGGAGCCCAGCCAAAAGCGAGUUGCAAUAGUCCAGACGGGAGAUGACAAUUGCUUGGAUUAGGACCUGCACAGCUUCCUCUGUGAGGUAGGGCCGUACUCUACAGAUGUUGUAGAGCAUGAACCUGCAGGAGCGAGUCACUACUUUGAUGUUUGCAGAGAAUGACACAGUGUUGUCCAGGGUCACGCCAAGGUUCUUUGCACUCUGGGAGGGUGACACUGUGGACUUGUCAAAUGUGAUGGAGAGGUCUUUGAGCAGGCAUAUCUUCCCCGGAGGAAGAGCAACUCCAUUUUGUUGAGCUUGAGGUGGUGGGCCAAAGAGCCAUCGUCAGGAAAUUAGUUUAUCAAGGUGUCAAGCUCAUUGAGGAACUCGCCAAGGGCACCUAGUGGGCGAUAGAUGACAAGCUUGAGUGGACAAGUGACAGUGACCGCAUUGAAUUAAAAUGAAUAGAUGGACAGGUGAGAGAGGGAAAGGUUGAGAGUAUCUCUAGUUAGGAGAAAUGAGUAGCCAUGUUCCACCACUCCAAUGACCAGAUGCUCUUGGACUAUGAGAGAGAACUAGUCAGAUGAAGAGAGAGCAACUGGAGUAGCAGUGUUCUAGGGUGAUCCAUGUCUUGUCAAAAAGUUUACGACCUGAAGGGCAGCAUAGACUGAAAUUAACUCUGCGUUCUAAAUCACAAGUUAUGUCAAUGUAUUGUCAUGUUGUUUUUCGCUUAUCUGUCUGCCUAUUGACACUGUCAUCAUCGUGCUGUUAUGGAUACAGUUGAUUUAUUGCACCUGAAAGCAUCUCUACCUUCCAAUGGGCGAGGAAAAGCCAGAGACGUUGGACUUUGUCAAAGACUUCCAAGAGUAUCUCAGCCAGCAGACUCAACAUGUGAACAUGAUCUCGGGCUCCGUCAGUGGAGUCAAAGAGAUGGACGACCUACCAGCAGAUUGCAGUCAGAAUGGAUUAGACCACCCCUCAGCGGAUAUGUCCCUUGAUGACGGCUCAGGGAUGCUGGUGGAUGGCUUCGAGAGAACAUAUGACGGCAAACUCAAGUGUCGUUACUGUAACUAUGCUACCAGAGGCACAGCACGACUCAUUGAACAUAUCCGCAUUCACACUGGAGAGAAACCCCACAGAUGCCACCUGUGUCCUUUUGCCUCUGCCUAUGAGCGCCACCUAGAGGCCCACAUGCGCUCCCACACAGGAGAAAAGCCUUACAAGUGUGAGCUGUGCUCCUUCCGCUGCAGCGACCGCAGCAACCUUUCACACCACCGGCGCCGCCGCCACAAGCUCUUACCCAUGAAAGGUGCUCGCUCUUCUCUCUCCCACAAGAAGAUGCUGAGCGUCCUGCAGAAGAAGACCAGCCUGGGCUAUGGUCGCCGGCUCCUCAUCAACUUCAGCCCCCCCUCCAUGGUGAUGCACAAGGCUGAGCACCUGGACGACUACUCCCACGAACUGCCCCACCUGCGCCAGGAGACCUACGACGACCAGGGUGCUGGUGGAGAUGGAAGCUCCAGGGACAAUCACCACCAUCACCACCACAACCUAGUCAUGGAAAACCCCCUUAACCAGCUCUCCACCCUGGCUGGUCAACUGGCCAACCUGCCCUCUGAAGCUGAGGGCGAGACCCAACAGCCUCCCAUAUCUCCAGGUGCAGAGUCCUGUGUGGACGAGAAGCCCUUCCUCAUCCAGCAGCCUCUCCCAGCCACCGCUUCUGCUGCUGCGUCAGCCAGCACUGCCCAUGCUGCCUCCUCCCCCAUCACCCCAGAGCCCAGGCCCCCACCACACAGCAACUGCAGCCCCGGGGCAGGUCCCUGCAGCGAGCACAGCGGGCGCACCAGUACCCCCAGCAUCACCAAUAGCCAGCCCAGCACACCAGUCCCGGGCCUGCCCUCGUUGCAUCAAGACCCCCAGAUGCUGCACCACUGCCAGCACUGUGACAUCUACUUCCCUGACAACAUCCUGUACACCAUCCACAUGGGCUGCCACGGCUACGAGAACCCCUUCCAGUGCAACAUCUGUGGCCACAAGUGCAGGAGCAAAUAUGACUUUGCCUGUCAUUUUGCCAGGGGGCAGCAUAAGCAGUGACGAAGGACUGGAGAUGAUUGAAGGUGUUUUUAUUUAAUUCCAUAAUGGUGAUUUUUAUUUAUUGCUGUUGAUCUUUCUGAAAUUGGACAUGAUGUAGCCUUUGCAAAUUCUGUAUAUUGAAUUUGAUUUUACAGGAAAGAAAAUAACAUUUGACAGUGCCCAUGUGUAUGUAAUGUGUAGGGAUGGAGUGGUUUAGAGGUACAACUCACUUGACCGGUUGGAUCGUUAAACAUUCCUUAUGUGGGUUUUUUAACAUGAACACCAUUUUUAGCCUUACUAACAUACUGUAGUUAUAGAUGCUAACAUUUUAUGAGUGCUCAUUUAUCGGCUUUAACCGUAACCCACUAAACCAUUUCAGAGUGCAACGACGGCACCAUUCAUGCCUCCCAACAGUGCCUACCAUAUUCACAAUGACUUUACAUUUGUACAUUUGACAUCUUUAUUUUUUUUCUGUUUGUUUUCUUUAGAUGCGGGUGUUAUGUUGUCGUUUGAUGGAUUUGUAAACAGUGCCCUUCCUUCCUUAACCAUCAGCUUUUUGCUAAUUGGGUGUCGUGGAAGAUAAAGCCUAACCUUAUACAUCGUGUUAUAUUGUGACAUUUAAAUGGAAUAUGUCAUUGUGAGAUCCAAUACCUCUACUGUCAAAGCAUUAUCACCAUAUAUUUUCUCUUUUGUCAAUCCCGUUCAGUCCAGAAUUGCCAAGUAGCACCAGAGAUGCCAUGUUUUAGCAUACAUGCCAUGCCUUUUGGAUUUCUUCUGUCCUUCUAUAAUCAAGGCAUUGCAUACUAGGGAUCUGUGCUUUCUUAGAUAUUUAUUGAGCAUUGUAAUCUACAUUUCCCGGUCGGUUAGGUGUUGUGUCAAUGAAGUUGAAAUUAUACUGUGAUAAGUGAAGAUUACUGCCUUAGCAGGGUUGUUUUGUAUUGGAUACUGUUGUGUCUGCAUAGCAACAUUUGUGGAGAACAUGGUUACUGUUUCUAGGACUAAUUGCAUGUCACCAUGCUUACAGGCUUCCAAUGAUUGAGGGGUUACGUAAAGGGGAAGAACUUGUAAGGGAGUUUGUUUAAUGUGUUGUAUCUUGAUAGAGCAGGUGAAUGUAGAAGCGUUUUGGCGAUCAUCAUGUGCCCUUGGAUGACAAAUUGUUUUAUGUGAGAGGAAUAUUAACACAUUUCUAAGUAAAGUGUUUUCUAACAGA